CGCCACGACUACUACACUCCUGGGCCACAGGUGCCCGACGUUCUUACCAUGCAUGACGAUCACAGGUCCUUGGUUAUUUGGAAUAACCAGACGACGAGUCUUCUCUAGGGUCAUGAUCGAGCGCUAGAGUGAGACCGUUUCACGAGAUACAUUCUCGCAUCAGGGAUGGGGUCAUUCAGACGGGCAUGUCUGGUUUUAUCGCGAUGCGACAUUUUCCGUUGACUUGUGCCUGAUCACUGCUCUUGUUGAGAGGUGGAGACCGGAGACAAAACACAUUUAUGUUUCCAGAGGGCGAGUGUACUAUCACGUUGUAGGACGUGGCCAUCCUGACAGGUCUCCCCGUGAAUGGACACCAGUUACCGGACCUCGUAUCCGAGAUUGGAGCACUGUAUCUAUUCCCCUUUUAGGGAGUCAGCUUGAGGUUAGCCGUCCCCGUACACCUCGGUCCUCGUAGGUCACUACUGCUUGGUUGUCAGUUCGCUGAGUGGAAGGUUUUGCCGGCGGGUGCUACAGAGUAGCAAAUUGACCAUGCAGUUCGAGCGUACCUUUGGGCUGCUUUACAGGGUCUUUGCUUUCCGGAUUUAAACAGUGGCCACUUGGGCGUGAGGAUUCUACCGCAUCUGGCGGAUUUAGGUCGUCUGCGCGAGAUCAGCUGGGGAUCGACAGUUCUAGCCUACUUGUAUCACGAGAUCUGCCUCAGGGCCACAGCUUCGGCGAACAGACACAACAUUGGGGGCGCUGUGUGGAUUCUACAGCUCUGGGCUUUCGAGCAUCUUAGGCCAUUGCGUCCCCGUUUGGCAGAUUUUAGUGUCAGGGGGGGGGGGGUUACCUUUGGGUGACAGGUACAUUUUUCGUAUAAAGUUAUCUAUAUUUGGAUGUCACUGUACUUUUAAUAUAAUUUAAAAAUGUCUGCAGAUGGGGGGGUCCCAGGCAGCGGGAGCAGGGGACACGGCGGGUUCCCAAACACUCUGUUCGUCACUUCAGACUUGUAUUGGACGGGUUGCAUUACGACGAUCCAUACUCUUACAACGUUAUCCACUCCAUCUUCAGCAGUUCGGCUUACUGCAGCCUAUUCCCCUAGCUGCCAUGCAGGAUCGGCGCUUUCAUAAUAUCCAGUAUCAGGGGAACUACAACUUCGAGGAACUGCUCACUGAUUAUGUCCAGAUUUGGAACAACAGAGCGACUUACGUUGUUCAGGGUUACCAGCAUCCACCUCACUACCAUUCAGAGUAUAUGGAGUGGUUCCGAAGCCGCAGCCGACGUUGGAUUACCCAUGAGGGUGCAGCGGCCGGACAGAGUCGCGAUAUUUUCGAGAUGAUCACCCUGCAGAGAGAUGCGCGUGCGUCUAGGAUUAGGACUGCUGCACGCAGUUCCUAAUUGGCUUACGGAGAGGUGCGCCGUGACGUCACACUGCCCCCACCAGAGCCAGCAGUUUUGACGUACGUACUACCUCCUCUUCCUCCCAUGACGAUUGAUCUGGAUCACAUCAGGGUAGCGCGUAGACGGCAGCCUACAACCCCCUAGCCUCGCCAGCGCCCGGACACUCCUAUCCCCCCCACCGGUCUACUACCACUUCGAUCCUAUAGCCACUUCAGACAGACGGAGGGAGUACUAUGGGCCGACUCAGUACUACGGUUCCACCUCCGCUUCUGCAUCACAGCCUCUGUGGCCACAGGUUCCAUCAUUUAUUAUUUUAUUGCUUUUCUAACCUCGUAUUUAAUUAUAGAAUCUAAAUGUUACGUUUUCUACUUUGUGUUUAAAGGACCUCUGGUAUCAUCGUAUUAGGUCCCGCCUUCGUCGAUGCCGUUUUUUGAGCCGUCAUAUGGACAAACGGCAUAUACGACUCCUCUGGGCACGCCGCCGUCUCAGUUUCACCAGGCCACACCACCGCCGUCUCAGUUCCAUCAGGCCACACCACCGCCAUUUGCUGCAUCAGAUCAGUAUUACCUUCCCGCGCUAUCUACGGAUGAUCAACAGUUCACUCCUUUAGGCAGUGUUACCGUCCCACACUUUCUCUGAAUGAUCAGCUGUCGACGUCACAUUCGCGGCCAUCUUCUCACCAGGCUCAGAAGCCAUUACAACUUCAUUUUUCAUUGUCAGAGUCUUGGUUGUUCAGUCUGAAGCUCGGUUCAGAGGCAUACGACGAGUUUUUUUAACGACCCGAUAUCACACCUCCGUCUUUUAGACUCCUACCGGCCACACAAAAGGAGACUGGUACUGCGCCACCAGAAGCAGACGUUGAGCUUUCAGCUCAAGACGAGGACGACAGCGAGGGCCCUCCUGUACCCAGACAGUUUCACUCAAUUACAGACAACUCGCGGCACCGACGAGAGGCUCACGGUUUGAGGACACAGAGAUCGAGGAAUCCUAUAUAUCAGGAUUAGAUUUCAUAUUUUUGUUCAUUUAUCGAUUUUUGUAUUAUAGAUUGUAUUUUUACUAUAUUUUGUAUUUUAUAAUCGUUUAUUAAAAUUAUUAUUUUCUUAUAAGCGUUUGUUAAAAUU